CAACUAGCUCUAGCUCGUCGACGGUCACGAGCACCACCUCGUCUACGACAACUAGCUCGAGCUCGUCAACUAGUUCUUCCACCUCAACAAGCUCGUCAUCCGUCACUAGCACAACAACUAGCUCGAGCUCGUCAACUAGUUCUUCCACCUCGACAAGCUCGUCAUCCGUCACUAGCACAACAACUAGCUCGAGCUCGUCAACUAGUUCUUCCACCUCAACAAGUUCAAGCUCGUCCACGUCGACGAGUACAACGACGAGCUCCAGCACCACCACAGAGUCGACGACGACGACAACACUAAGGCUCGCGAUGAUUCAGCUUCCUUUCAGAAGUACAAUUCAUCUUUCUACUUUCAGCACAGCUCUGAAACUGAAAAGUAACUAACUCAAACUUAUCCUCCUUGAUGAGAGAGAUUGAGGAGUACUUCUAUGGUCAUCUAUCAAAGUAAGAUUUUUCAGGUUCUUGCAUUAUAUACCUUUUACCUAACCUUACUUUUUCUUCCUAGUUAGCUUGAGGCUCCACCCGUUUCUUCCUAGUAGCGAGCGCUAAGGCUAAUGACAACGACCACGAGGACCGUGAGUUCGAGCACGACAAGCAGUUCCUCCACCUCAACAAGCAGUUCCACUAGCACAGCGACAACCACUUCAUCAAGCACCUCUAGCAGCUCAUCGAGUUCAACGACGUCGAGCACUGGGACUUCGACUAGUUCAACUUCCUCCACCACGUCAAGUAGUUCGUCGACUUCUUCCACCACGUCAAGUAGUUCGUCGACUUCCUCCACCACGUCAAGUAGUUCGUCCUCAUCGACUUCAACGUCUUCAUCCACGAGCUCGUCUUAAGAAAGGAUCUUGCCAUAAUAAAUCAUAAGCCAUUUCUCCUGCUAGACAAAUAGGAUCCCUCGUUUAGCAUUAUAUUUGAUGGACGAAAUUAUAGUCAUGCUGAAGGCUAGAUACUUCUCCGCAGAGAUGACAGAGAUGGAUUCUGAUUUCUGUUAAAUAGACGAUUGCGCUCAUCUAUUCACUUUUGUUACUACACUAGCUACAUGUUAAUAACCAAGACAAACUCGUCUGGACUAUUUGAGGAUGAAGACUUGACUCUGGACUAUGUAUUUGAGGAUGAAGACUUGAGACGCCAUCAUGAUGAUGUUGUAAAUGCACUUCCUACAGCACCGUCGGUUUGGAAAUUAAGACACACGAUCGACUAGUUCCUCUAAUCCUCAACCAGCACUGCCUCAACUACAACAGCGACCGCGACGUCUACUACCACGACGACGACUGUGAUAGAGGGCCCAACCGCGACAAUUAUCGUGGUUGAACAUUUUGCGAAAGUGUCCCUCUCGGUAAAAUUGACGGGAAAAAUUACGGCGUUCGUGGUUUUCUUGUUGACUAGUCGUGCUUGUUCGCGUUAAUGUUGUUGCAAACGGAAACGUAUAAUCAGCAACAUCUUCACGCAGAGCUUGAGAGCUUGUACUUGAAGCGCUAGCUAUAGACACUCAAAGUUAAAGUUAAAAAGUUAGAUUUACUUACUCUUACUCACAUAUUUCUUAUCGCUCCAAUUUUGCUAGCGAAACUGUGGUGAAACUGCAAGCAAAGCCUCACGAUACAGAAAAAGCAGUGGUUUCUGCUGCGAAAGCCGUGCUGCCUCCUGCAGCAGGUGACCACAUCGACAACGCCAAGUGCUCGGUUGUAAAUGUCACGACUUUCGUAGCAGCUGAUCAGACCACAGCUGCGCCAGCAAACAUAGCAGCAAACAUAGUUACUACAAUUAAGGCUCAACUUUCAUUGGUUAUAGAGGUUGCUCACUGAAAUCGAAGAGGGUCCCCUUGAGAGAACAGGGGAACAGUGAGGGAAAACAAGUAGAGAGAUGUGAGGCCCCUCCCGUUCAGAGUCAGUGGCCAAUGACUGCUGGCCUUUAAUACAAUGGCGCCCGCGGAGAGCACGGCCGCACCUGUUUCUGAGGCCACAGAGCCUCCUGUUCCUGAGACCACUGCUGCCCCAUCAAUCACAACAAGUGAGCCACAAAACUCAACAGCAACGCCAACCACAGCACCUCCUUCAACCGGUGCAAUCAAUUUGACUGCAGCCAAUAAUGCCGUUAAUACUACAACAACAUCAAGCAGUACUAUUAACGGCACGUCAAAAAACUUUAGUGCUUCGAUGAUGUCGACGCUGCCUCUCGAGAUGAUCAGAACUCUACUUAGUAAUGGUAGAGCAGAUGACGAAGUUCUUGUAGAUCAAGCAGUAGCUCAAGCGGCAGGCUUGCAGCAAAUUCAAACAGACCAAGAGGGUGAUGCGGAGAAUGAACGCACUCUACUUGCACAAGAAGGACAACACCAAAUAGAGGAGGAGCAGGAUGAAGCUCAUGCGGAGGAUCCACCUAUUCUUGCACAAUUAAGGCUGUAGCUAAUGGUGCAUCUUUGACUGCAUCCUUGAAAGAACGUAUGAACAAGGAGUAUCUAUUACAAGGGAAUGGAAUAUAUACCCCCCCAUACUUUUCAAGGAUGCACUUCCGACAGUUCUAACACGAGAUCAAGACCUUCUGCAUCAAUCAUUAGCAUCUGUCGAAAACUCGAAUCUAGUUUCAUCAGCGAAGGAGCAAUUGUUGUGGUCUUUUGUCCUUCAAAGUACGAUCACUUCAAAGUCUGCGACUUCAAUGGAAGAUGUAGAGUCCUCAGCUGAAGAGUUAAAAGUUGCAGCUCAUUCGGGUGAAUUCGAGGACGCGCUGCUUGCCUCGCUUUGUGCACCUUUUCGUGUUAUGGAUGUAGAUCUCACAACCUCAAGUUGUACAGGAUUGUUGAUCAGGUAGUUCUUGUAAGUGCGUCAAUGCAUUCUUUGUGCAAUACUAGAAAGCAUCUUCUUCUGAUAGGCCAGGGGUUAUCAUGAACUCAUUCAAAAAUAGCCGUUUUUUCUUCUCCGACAAGCUUUGCUUGUCUUAACGUCAACUGACCGGAGGACAAGAAACGGACAAGAAGUAGGAAAUCUUUUAUCUACCCGCUAAUCUUCGUUUCUGUGCCAAUGCCACGGACCUGUCCGCACAAGAGGUUGACGUCGAUGACCAGAUAACGACUUCAACAAUUACAAGGACGGUCAUAGUUGCAGCGAACAGCUCAAGUUAAGGCUAGUUUUUCACUAACGCUAUCCCAUGUCCGUCGUGGACUAUGCUGAAGAGGCGGGUGCCCCUCGAUUUAGAGGAGAAAACAAGGGAGAAAAAGGGCAACUCAUUCAACCAGCCAUAGCGCUAAUCAAGGAUGGACGAUUUCAAUGGCACUCGAGCAGGAUCCAUUGACGAGGAAGAGGAAACGCAAGCCGCAGGAAUAGGGGUGUCACCUGUUAUGGCUAUAUACGCUAUAGUCCGGAUUAAAACUGUAUAAUGAUAAUAGAGUACUUCUUAAGAUGGAUGAUGGGUUGUAUGGAUUCUGUUUGAUGAUGGAUUCGGUUUCUGUAAAUUGCUAAUUAUAGAUUACUCUGCCUGGAGUAGGUUAAUCAUGUAUUGAAAUUGAUUAUCGAAUAAUGAUACUCGUCGUAACAAGUAAAUCGUCGUCCCUCCCUCUCGUAGUAUUAUAAGCCUUUCCUGUUUCCUGUGGUUCUUGGCUCUUCUCUCACAGGCUUAAUCAUUCAUUGACUUUGGGACUAUAAUCAUCAUGAUCAUGAUCAUUGUCAUGAACUUCAGACCUCCUCUAACCAAGCGGUCGCAUUCGCGGGCGGCUGCUUUGCAGGUCUUCUGGCAGGAUAUAUUCUACCUUAGGACUUUGGGAAGAGUUUCUUUUCUCGGAAAGAGUUUUCUAAGGAGAUGCUAAGUAGAACGAUCAUGGGAGGAUUCUCUAGUGGGAGGAUCAUGAAAACAGCAGGGACGCUGAAAUUAAAUCAAACAGAAACAAGUAAGAGUAAAGAUAACGACUAUUAUUUGAGAAGUAAAACCUUGAAAUUAAAAAGCUCCCGCGACCCGAGUAAGAGUGGGAGCAUGAGGCAAACUCCGAGUAAGAGUCUCACACUUUCUUUAACAGUUGUAAGACAAGAUAUGUAUUAGGAUCUAGCACUAGAACUCUACUUCGUCACUCGACCUAUCACUCUACAGCGAAAAGAAAUUCAUAGGAAGCGAUCAUCACAUAUUAUGAGCGCUUUGACGGAUCCUCCUGCUCUUGGACCCGUGCAUGCACUCGAAGCUCAAAAAUCAGGUUGAUCAUGAGCAGUGGGGAGUAUUCCUCAAUCCAUAUUUGGGUCAGAGCCAGAAGUCUCUAUGGGAGAUGAAAGCGUUUGUUAUACUAGUUUGCAGCUACACCUACAUUCACAAACUUGUUUUCGGAUCGGUUUAUGUGAAGUUACAAUCUUCAUUAUCUCUGUUAGCUUUAGCAGAAAGAGAAACUUCAAAAUUGUCUCAGUCGGCGUUGAUUUAUUACGGCGAUUAAGUAGUCAGUCUCAGUUUCGAUUUUUCGCCGAGUACGUACUUAAGUAGUUGAGAAGAUGUAAAGUCUGAAAAAAAUGUGCUCGUCAUGAGAAGAUGCUCGUGCUUCGCUCCACUGUAGACUUAAGAUAUUGUAAAGUCUGAAACAGCACUUGUUCUUGUAUUAUUUACCGCGAAAAUAUCGGACAUCGAAGUCUAUCAAGCAGAUUUUUACGACGAUGGGACGGGAAUACUCACUACUCUGGAUGCUUCUAUGCAUGGGCAAGCGGAUUCAAGAAAGGCAGGACAAGCGCGGACGGGUAGAAGGAAGUAGGCAGAAGUAGAGUGAAGCAGUAGAUUUUGAGUCAUAGGAUUUUAGAAAGCGUGAUUUGCUUUUUCCAUAAAUGUUGGAUAUUCGAGGCAUCUGCUGUGAAAGAGAUGAG